ACAUCUAUCCUCUUCACCAACAUCCAAACAUGAGCGUUCAGCAAUUAAAAAAGUCGGUUCUGAUCACCGGCUGCUCACCUGGCGGCAUCGGCUGUGCACUAGCGCAAGAGUACCAAUUACGCAGCUGCAAUGUCAUCGCCACAGCUCGUAAUCCCAAAGCCCUCGCUGAGCUAGAGGCCAUGGGCUUGACUGCGGUCCGUCUCGACGUGGAUGACGAAGACAGCAUCAAUGAGGCGAAAGCGCGGGUCGAGGAGAUCACCGGAGGAAAGCUGGAUAUCCUAGUGAAUAACGCUGGCGUUCGAUAUGUCAUGCCGUUGACAGAUGCAAAUCCAGAGCGCGUUCGUUCCGUCUUCGAAACGAAUGUCAUCUCAGUCAUGACUCUCACCAACAAGAUGCUGCCUUUCCUUCUGGCGUCGGAGGGACUUAUCGUCAAUAUCUCCUCUUUCUCCGACCGUCUGGGAUACCCGUUCAAGGGCGUGUAUGCCAUGUCCAAAGCAGCACUUACAUCUUACUCCCGCGGUCUCUCGCUCGAACUGGCGCACUACAACGUCCGCGUUCUCAACGUCGUAACAUCGUUUGUGAGCAGCAAGGGCCAGAGCGGCGUCGCCGAGCCAUGGCCGCAAGACAGUUUAUUCGACAGCAUGCGCGACGUGGGACAAAAGGUUGGAAGCGGAAAGAGGAUGACGGCUGAGGAGUACGCCAAACAUGUUGUGACGGAGACUCUGAGAGGCAAGGGCUGGAGCUUUGGACCGUGGAGGUUCUUUGGGACCAGGGAGGUUAUGCGAAUUGGCACCAUGUCUACGAAAAUGUGGCUCCUGGAGAUGCUGGGUGAGGGCUGGAUACGAUUCUUGAUGCUCAGAAUGUGGCCGUUCUGGAGACUGAAGGAUGCUCUCCAAAAUAAGAAGAACAAUUGAGCUUUCCAGGGGAGUAACUUGAAUUUCUCUGUAAACAGCUAUUUAUCCUCAAGUCAAGAACGCAUAACUUUAUUUGCGAUCUCGUAUGCCACGAAAGAAAGGUUAGUGGUGUGUUCUGCCUCAGAAGUAGUGUUGUUGAACUAAGGCAGUAAGGUAGCUUCCCCAAGAAUGUUGACUUCAGCAAUGAGCAUUGUUGCGUUUGGCAAUAGUGAUUGUGUUAUUCAGGUGUCCAACAGAUUG